AUGACAGUCGGCGAGCCGCGAGCGUACCGCGCUGCAGCGGACGCGAGUUCCAACGCCGGCAGCUUGACGUCUGCCUUCCUGCACGAUCCGCUCUUGCGCACGCUCGUGCCAAACGAAGAGGCGUUUCGAACCCUCGGCCGCCGCACGCUUGCGACCCUGACGUGGGCGCUUGACGCCUCCUACGGGCUCACCGACGUGAUCUGCGACGAGGCUGGCGUUGUGGUGUGCACCGCCAUAUGGGAGCCCGCGGGCAUGACUUGUGGCGCGCUUUGUCGCUUCGUCCUCAUGUCUUUGUGGAUGGUCUGUGUGUUGGGACUGCGCAGGGCAUUCUGCGUGGCGGGCAUGCUGCUGGCCUUUGAGACGAGACGCCAUCAGCACGCCCCGACCGCGCACCACCUGCAGCUUCUCGGCACGAGACAGAGCGAGCAGAGCAAGGGCGUGGGUAGCAAGCUAAUCCAGGCCGGCAUCCGCCGCGCGGAUAAGCUCGGGCUGCCGUGCUACCUCGAGGCGAGCAACGAGAGGAGCGUGCCCUUCUACAAGCGGCACGGCUUCAAGGUCGUCGAGACGUACUAUCACUUCGAGGGCGGUGUCGACGGUGAUGGGAACCGCAUCGUCGGAAGAGGGCCCGUCGUCACGCUGAUGUUUCGGCCGCUGGGAGGCGUUGCGCACUGA